GCGCCAUCAUGGCCCCCUUCAGGAAGGAGGUAUUGAAUUGCUGCUGGUCGAACAAUGUAAGCGCAUUCCUCCCUGGUUUACUGCUGGAAAGAAGUCACUGAAUUCAGGAUGAAUGACAUGAACCUGAGUCCAGUGGGCAUGGACCAGCUCAGUGUGUCUUCAGUCAGUGCAAGCCACUUGGGCUUGGCCACCUCACCCCCACAUAAUGCCAUUCCCACACCAGGAAUGCCGGUGGCCAUCCCCAACUUAGGUCCUUCCUUAGGCUCCCUUCCUUCUGCACUGUCCCUGAUGUUGCCAAUGGGACCGCUAGGGGAUAGAGGAGUGAUGUGUGGCCUUCCGGAGAGGAAUUAUUCCCUGCCUCCGCCUCCGUACCCCCACUUGGAGAGCAGCUACUUCCGACAUAUAUUACCAGGUAUUUUGUCCUAUUUGGCGGACCGUCCACCUCCACAGUACAUCCACCCCAGCAGCCUCAACAUGGAUGGAACCCUAUCUGUGUCGAGCAACAACCCCUCAGGUCUUGACCCUUACAGUACAGCAGGCGGCCCACUAGAGCAAGGCCUGGUUUCCAUGGACUCAAGGCAGGCCAGCGGGCACGGAGACCUCCACCAGCCUGGGGCUCAUGAGCUGGACUCUACAGGGUUAGCAAUCGAGUCACGUGUCAGCAGCCCAAUGUCGCCAGACAGGAUGGGAGAGGAGCUGGCCACCAUGGAUGGGGUCGGGGUGUCGGACACCCAGCAGCAGCUUGGAGGAGGCAGGCCACAUGAGGGCCUCCCUGGGGUGGACUCUUCUGGAGGGGUGAUGCCUCUGCAUGGACCUGCUGUGCUGGAGCUCCCUGUGGUGAUGGAGUCUGACCACAUGGGGGGCCGUUUGGGGAAUGCAGGCGGAGGAGGCGCAGUGGGACUCGGGGAGCAGCUUCACUCAAACGGUGAGCUCAGCUCUGGUGUCGUUAGUGUGGUGCUCACGAGUUCCAUAGGCAACCAGGGUCAGCUUGGCCCCGUAUCCCUUCAUGGUCACUCUGGGAUGGGACUAGAUGUUGUAAACGUCUCCCCCAUCACCACUGAGGUAUCACUGGGUCCAGAAAACAACAUGGUGCUCGUCAACUCCAGCUUACAACUUGAGGAUUCAACUUCAAACAAAGAGGGAAUGGUCGCUGCUUACAUUUGGUGCACACUGUGUGAGCGCUCAUACACCUCAGACUGCCCAGAGCACGGCCCGGUCACCUUCAUCCCAGACACGCCCAUUCAAAGCCGGGCUCGCCUCUCUAUUCCACGCCCACUGUGCCUGCGCAUCUCCGUGGCUGACGAGCCGCUUGGUGUGUUUGCAAGAGACGUCAUUCCGGCAAGGACAUGCUUCGGCCCUAUGGUUGGCCAGCACUGUAGCAACGUGGAGCUCCCUGAUUGGCCGGAAAAAGACACACCUCAGAUAUGGAAGAUGUACCACAACAAUGUGCUGGACUUCUACAUCGUGACAGCAGAUGAGAAUGAAUGCAACUGGAUGAUGUUUGUCCACAAAGCAAGGAAUCGUGAAGAGCAGAACCUUGUCGCAUACUCUGCCAAUGGUAAACUCUUCUUCUGCACAACCGUGGAGAUCCACCCAGACCAGGAGCUGCGCCUCUACUACAGCCGAGACUACUGCAGACUGAUGGGUGUUCCUCCUUUGCCUGAGACCCAGCUCUGCCAGUGCGGCAAAGACUGCUCCUCCUUUUCUGACCUCAAACCUCACAUGAGUGGCCAUAGCCAGCCCCCACACAGCCACAGCCCAACACAGCAGGAGCAACCGCCUCAACAACAACAGCAGCAGCAGCAGCAUGAGAAGCUAACCAACGGGACCUCAAGCUCUUCUUCCUCCUCUCCGUGGCCCGGCCACACGGCAGCACAGACUAACGGCGACAACUGCAACAGGAGUGACAAUAAUCAGAAUAGCACUACUAUUACUACUACUACAACUACUACUACUACGACCACCUCAAGAACAAACUCAAAGAGUCAGGUGCGGGAGAAGAAGUUCAAGUGCAGCAUGUGUUCCCGAGCUUUCAUUACGUCCACCAAACUCAACGUGCACUUCAUGGGUCACGUGGGCAUGAAGCCUCAUAAGUGUGAAUACUGCAGCAAGGCUUUUAGCGAUCCAAGCAACCUCAGGAUGCACCUCAAAAUUCACACAGGUCAGAAGAACUACAGAUGCACGGUGUGCGAGAAGUCGUUCACGCAGAAAUCCCACGUGGCGUCACACAUGCUCAUACACACCGGCGCUGAGAAGCUCAAGUGCGACCUGUGCGAGCGGACCUUCAUCAGAAAACAGGACCUGAACCAGCACAUGUUGUCUCACACGCACGAGCGUCGCAUCCAGUGCCCCAAGUGCAACAAGCAUUUCAUGAAGACCAACCACCUGAAGAAGCACAUGAACUCCCACGAGGGUCGCAGAGACUUUGUCUGCGAGAAGUGCCACAAGGCCUUCCUCACCAAAUACCACCUCACUCGACACCUGAAGAUAUGCAAAGGGCCCAAGGCGGAGCGCUCGUCCCGCAAGGAGCAACGCGAAGAGGAGGAGGAGGAGGAGGAAGAAGAGGAGGAGGAAGAGGAAGAAACGGACGGUAGAGGAAGCGCCGAAAGACUCAUGGACUCUGGCAGGAGUGAAGACUGUUGUUUAGAUGUUGGAGGAUACAACUCUGAAAAGUCCCUGUCACCUCCUCAUUAAUGUUAAAUUAUUCACACACAAUACCUUAGACCAGGGGUCGUCAACCCAAAAUGUUGAAAGAGCCAUAUUGGACCAAAAAUACAAAAACAAAUCUGUCUGGAGCCGCAAAAAAAUUAAAGACAUACUGUACAGAUAGUGUGUCAUGGAAUUAAGAGGACUUAAAGGAAACUAAAUGAGCUCAAAUAUAGCUACAAAUGAGGCAUAAUGAUGCAAUAUGUACAUAUAGCUAGCCUAAUUAGCCUGUUAGCAUCGAUUAGCUUGCAGUCAUGCAGUGACCAAAUAUGUCUGAUUAGCACUCCACACAAGUCAAUAACAUCAACAAAACUCACCUUUCAUGCACAACCUUAAAAGUUUGGGGGACAAAAUGAGACAGAAAAAGAAGUGGCAUAAAACACGUCCUAGAAAGUCGGAGAAAGUUAUACUUGUAAACAAACUACGGUGUGUUCAAGGACCGCCAAAAUUAGUAGGACAAAACGGCGCUCGCCAAAUACUCGAAUCAGUGAAGCAUGUUUAAUAUAAACAGUGUGCUUUGUAACAAUUAGGGAGGUUUGUGUCAUGUUUGUCCUCCUACAGAAACCAUAUUAAAACAAAAAUAUAUUUUUCCAUUUUUCAUACAUUUUUUGAAAAAGCUCCAGAGAGCCACUAAGGCGGCGCUAAAGAGCCGCAUGCGGCUCGAGAGCCGCGGGUUGCCGACCCCUGCCUUAGACUAAUAUUUACCUCCGCUUGUUGCAUACAUUUGCCAGCAUGUUGGAUUUUACAUUUAUAUUUUAUCUUAAGCAUAUCAGAGCUGCUAAAAUAUUUUUGUAUUACAAGAAAAUGUACAUCUUAAGUUGGAUUGUAUUUCAUUUCCUUUUUACUCAUUUAACUGGUGAGCGAUGUGUAAUUAUUAGAGAUGCGCGGUUUGCGGGCACAACCGCGGAGUCCGCGGAUUAUCCGCGGAUCGGGCGGAUGAAAUUAAAGAAAAUUAGAUUUUAUCCGCGGGUCGGAUCGGGUCGGGUGGUUGAAAUAAAAAAAAAUUAGAUUUUAAAUAGAUUCAGGCGGGUGGCAGUUAAACCAAUUGGGAAAUAUAUAUACAUAGUUAAAUGUUGUUACCCACAUACGAAAAACGAGCAGGCACCUGCAGCAUAUGCCACAACAGAAGAAAAAAAAAAAAAGAGAUGGACACUUUUACGGAGCGGAGAAGGGACGCCUCGCCGGGGUCCGGGACGGAGGCCCCUUCCCCCGAGAGGGCCCCACCGGGAGCCGUAGCUGAGGCGAUCCGCGAGAAGGGCCCGACGCACGUCCAGGGUCACCACCGCGCCCACCGCACCGACACACCGCCUCGUCCGCCAGCAGAUAAGCAGCUUACCUGCCCGCCACCCCCGUGGCCGGGGGCUCGUAACAGGGGUCACUCCGCGCGCUCCGCCCGCGCAGCUUACCUGCCCGCCACCCCUGUUGCCGGGGGCGCGUAACAGGGGUCACUCCGCGCGCAGUGCGCUCACGAAAGGGGUGGGGCUCACCCUGGUUGAUAUAGACAGCAGCUAGGACGGUGGCCAUGGAAGUUGGAACCCACUAAGGAGUGUGUAACAACCCACCUGCCGAAUCAACUAGCCCUGAAAAUGGAUGGCGCUGGAGCGUCGGGCCCAUAUACCCGGCCGUCGCCGGCAGCGAGAUGCGCUUGGAGGUGCGCUCAGCGCGGCUCCCAUAUGAUUGCGCACUGGUGUGCGUCUGGAUCGUGACAGCGUGGCACGCGAAUGUCUGUGCUGCAUUGGAUCAGUCUCCUUUCUUUAACAGGCAAAAGCUUUAUAACCUCACUAAUGCCUUGCAUCGUCUAUAUUAGAUAUAUAACAAAGGGCGGGUGCGGGCGGAUGCGGUUCUGAUCAAAUGUUAGAUCGGGUGGAUUGCGGAUGGUUGACGACUUUCUGAUGCGGUUGCGGAUGAAAUAAUUGCCUAUCCGCGCAUCUCUAGUAAUUAUUAUUUGUACCAUACUUUGACUCACUCUCUUUCAUAGUCACUUUUUAAAUUAAAUUGUAGCUGCUUAUUGCAUUUAGUUAUCAUGUACUGUUAUUUAUCAUAAGGAGAUGUUGGGGCAUUAAGCGAUCCUUAAUUCUAAAGACCCCGAACGGGACAAGCGGUAGGAAAUGGAUGGAUGGAUGGAAUUUAAUAGUGCCAGUGUGUUUGUUGCAUACCGGAUUAUUAAAUGCUCAUUUUAAUUGUA